UUCUCGGCUGGGUCCAGAUCGGGGGUUGGAAAAUGGCGCCGGCGCCCCAAGGCGUCCGGGAGGAGCCGCGGCUGGAUUGUCGGUCCAGAGCACUUUCCCGGCUUCUUUUCCUCGCCCAAGCUGCUCUCCUCUUGCUGCCGGCUGCUCGGGCGGGUUUGUGCCCCGCGCCCUGCUCCUGCCGCAUCCCUCUGCUGGACUGCAGUCGCAGGAAACUACUAGCGCCGAGCUGGAGGGCGCUGUCGAGCCCGCUGCCCCCCGACGCUGCCAGCUUGGAUCUGAGUCAUAAUCGGUUGUCUAACUGGAACAUCAGUUUGGAAUCUCAAACCUUACAAGAAGUGAAAAUGAAUUAUAAUGAGCUAACAGAAAUCCCAUAUUUUGGAGAACCAACCUCUAAUAUUACUCUGCUCUCAUUAGUCCAUAAUAUAAUCCCAGAAAUAAAUGCAGAAGCGUUUCAGUUUUACCCUGCUCUCGAGAAUUUAGAUCUCAGUUCAAAUAUAAUAUCAGAAAUCAAGACCUCUUCAUUUCCUCGAAUGCAGCUUAAAUACCUAAAUUUGAGUAAUAAUAGGAUAACCAUCUUGGAGGCUGGUUGCUUUGAUAAUUUAUCCAGUUCCCUACUAGUGGUAAAGUUAAACAGGAACAGAAUCAGCAUGAUUCCACCCAAGAUUUUCAAGCUACCUCACCUCCAGUUCUUGGAACUUAAAAGAAACAGGAUUAAAGUAGUGGAAGGUCUGACAUUCCAAGGGCUUGACUCCUUAAGAUCUUUGAAGAUGCAGCGGAAUGGUAUUAGCAAACUUAAGGAUGGAGCGUUUUUUGGCUUGGAUAACAUGGAAGAAUUAGAGCUAGAGCAUAAUAACCUUACAGAAGUGAACAAGGGAUGGUUGUAUGGCUUGCGAAUGUUACAACAGCUCUAUGUCAGCCAGAAUGCUGUUGAAAGAAUCAGCCCUGACGCGUGGGAGUUCUGCCAAAGACUAUCUGAACUUGAUUUGUCCUAUAACCAGUUGACCCGCCUGGAUGAAUCUGCCUUUGUGGGUCUGAGCUUACUGGAGAGACUGAAUUUAGGGGACAACAGAGUCACUCACAUUGCUGAUGGUGUAUUUCGGUUUCUUUCCAAUCUUCAGACACUAAACUUAAGGAACAAUGAAAUUUCAUGGGCCAUAGAAGAUGCUAGUGAAGCUUUUGCUGGACUCACAAGUCUCACUAAAUUAAUCUUACAAGGAAAUCAAAUUAAGUCAAUUACAAAGAAAGCAUUCAUUGGUCUUGAAUCCCUUGAGCAUUUAGAUUUGAACAACAAUGCUAUAAUGUCUAUCCAAGAAAAUGCUUUUUCUCAGACUCGCUUGAAAGAACUGAUUCUGAACACAAGCAGUUUACUCUGUGACUGCCAUUUGAAGUGGUUGCUUCAGUGGCUGGUCAAUAAUAACUUCCAGCAUUCUGUGAACGUAAGCUGUGCACACCCUGAGUGGCUAGCAGGGCAGAGCAUCCUGAACGUGGACCUGAAAGACUUUGUCUGUGAUGAUUUUCUCAAGCCACAGAUAAAAAUGCAUCCUGAAAACACAGUUGCUCUAAGAGGCAUGAAUGUGACUCUGACAUGCACCGCAGUGAGCAGCAGUGACUCACCCAUGUCUACCGUGUGGCGCAAAGACAGUGAAAUCCUGAAUGACAUCGAUGUUGAGAAUUUUGUUCGUUAUCAGCAGCAAGCUGGAGAAGCUCUAGAAUAUACGAGUGUCUUACAUCUUUUCAAUGUGAAUUUCACAGAUGAAGGAAGAUAUCAGUGUAUCGUUACUAAUCACUUUGGAUCUAAUUAUUCUCAAAAAGCCAAACUGACUGUGAAUGAGAUGCCAUCUUUCCUGAAGACUCCAAUGGAUCUCACUAUCCGCACUGGUGCCAUGGCCAGAUUAGAGUGUGCUGCAGAGGGGCACCCUGCACCUCAGAUUUCUUGGCAGAAAGAUGGUGGCACCGACUUUCCUGCAGCUCGAGAAAGACGCAUGCAUGUCAUGCCUGAGGAUGAUGUCUUCUUCAUUGCCAACGUGAAGAUAGAAGACAUGGGAGUCUAUAGCUGCAUGGCACAAAAUAUAGCUGGAGGCCUCUCAGCAAAUGCCUCUCUCACAGUAUUAGAGACACCCUCAUUUAUCAGACCCCUGGAGGAUAAGACAGUAACCCGAGGUGAGACUGCAGUAUUACAGUGCAUAGCUGGAGGGAGUCCUGCCCCUCGUCUCAACUGGACCAAAGAUGACGGGCCACUGCUGGUGACAGAACGGCACUUCUUUGCGGCGGCCAACCAGCUUCUCAUCAUUGUUGAUGCUGGCCUGGAAGAUGCUGGGAAAUACACCUGCAUUAUGUCUAACACCCUUGGGACAGAACGUGGUCACAUUUACCUAAAUGUCAUUUCAUCUCCCAAUUGUGACUCUUCCCAGAGUAGCAUUGGGCAUGAAGAUGAUGGCUGGACCACAGUUGGCAUUGUCAUCAUUGUUGUGGUCUGCUGUGUUGUGGGCACCUCUUUGAUCUGGGUCAUUGUUAUUUACCACAUGAGAAGGAAGAAUGAAGACUACAGUAUCACAAACACAGAUGUCUCUUUUACAGAGGAGCUUAAUCUGCCUGCAGACAUUCCCAGCUACUUGUCUUCCCAAGGAACACUGUCAGAGCCGCAGGAAGGCUACAGCAACUCUGAGGCAGGCAGUCAUCAGCAACUUAUGCCUCCUGCCAAUGGAUAUUUACACAAAGGCGCUGAUGGUGGUCCUGGUACCCGGGUCAUUUGCUCAGAUUGUUAUGACAAUGCCAACAUCUACUCCAGGACCCGAGAAUACUGUCCGUACACGUAUAUUGCUGAGGAAGAUGUUCUAGAUCAGACACUGUCCAGCCUCAUGGUCCAGAUGCCCAAAGAGACGUAUUUGGCACAUCCUCCCCCAGAUGCCCCUACCUUGGAGAGCCUGGUGUCAUCAGCAGACAAAGAGAUGGCUGCCUUUCCCACCAACCAUGAGAGGAUAAAUGAGAAGAAACUUCCCUCCACACAGAUGAACAGUGAAACGUUGCCGCGGCCUCUGUGGAACAUAAGCAAAGAGCUAGGCCUGCCUCAUCCUCCCUUUUCGCAGCAGCCAGUCCUUGAGCCACCACAAGUCCAUCAAAAUGAGGGUCUGGCAGAGAGUGGCCCAGACUGUUCUGCCUCCCCCACGCCUUGUCACAGGUUGCACGACCACGCUUUUGAUUUUAGUAGGACUCGGAACAUUCAAGAUGGUAGUGAGGGCACAUGAAACUCACUCCAGAAGGAGAUGUGGGCAGAGACUCAAGUUACUUCAUUUUGUAUUUAUUACUACCUCAGAGUUCAGAAGAAACCCCAAAGUCAGCAUUUGCUUUACCCUGUCUGCAAUUACAUCUGACCCCACCGAGGUGCGCCAGGCAUUUCUUUGGGCUUAUUCCUGAUGAAGAAGGGGAAACGGCUGACAGAAAUGGGUACAUCUAAUAAAACCUGUGCAACACGGGCAGAGGAAAAUACAGGACAAACGUGCUUGCUGAUGGUUCCACGGGGAUGUGCCCAGCUGUGCACUGCCUGUUAGGGAGAGUCUCAUUGCUGCUUAACGUGCUGGAUUGUCUCAACCUGCAGAAUGAUUCUGAGAAAGCAUCACUGUUCUGGUGUGUCUUCCAGGAACAGAAAUAACUUUGGAGCCCUCUGGGAAGUGUGUCUGGGAUUCUUCAGUGGUUUUAAGCAUCUAGUUGAGACCAGGGCUUUGAUAUUCAAGGUCUUUGACAAGAAUCCCAGGCUUGACCAGUUGUUACCACAUCAAAGGGUUUUGUAUUCUUGUGAAUCUUUUUUUUUUUUUUGGUCCCUA